AUGGCUGACAACGAAAAUGAAGUUGUCUAUAUGAGAGUUCAUGUACACUAUAAUGGUGUAUUUGUGCGACAUCCUUCUGGAUAUGUUGGUGGGAGUCACUUCCUCUUUACUGACGUCGAUUGGGCGGAUAUCGGGUAUGAGUAUGAGGAAAUUUCAAUUUAUGUUGAUCGUAAUGGGAAUGGUUUGGAGGAAUGGUGGGAUGAUGACAUGAAUCUAGUUGUUAGUGAAGACGAAAGUGGCCUUGAAGACGAGGGUGGAGCUAGAAAUGAAGGAAACAUUGUCUCUGAUGGAACCCAUCCCAAUGUAGGUCUUGAAGAUGAAGUCAUUGACCAUGACAACACACCCUUGAACAAGACAAGUGGGGAUGAUUUUCUUAAUAAGCUAUGUCAUUCUAAAGGAUAUACUGGUGACGAUGAAGUUGAAAAAGAAGAUGUUGAGAUCCAUCCAUUUUCAACCCUGUUUUGCAAUGGAAUAGGCAAGUACCUGUUCUAG